AUGUCUAAACUUUCUGAGGAAGAUCAAAGCCUGUUUGUUGUUAUCUUAUGGUCUAUCUGGACUGGUAGAAACAAUUUUAUUUUCCAAAACCUCACUGAAAAUCAUAUCACUGUCCUUGCUAGAACAAGAGUUAUGCUCCUUACUAGGAAAACUAGCUUUACAUUUUCUACUACCACUUCUGUCAGUAUAUGUGAUAAAUGGAUGCCCCCCUCUUUUGGAUGGAUUAAAUGCAAUAUUGAUGGUGUUUUUGAUGUUACUUCAGGAGCAAAUGGUGCAGGGUAUGUGAUGCGUGAUUUCUCAAGAAAAGCAACCUUUUGUGCCUCCUUAGUAUUUGAAGUUCAUUCUGCUGAAGAAGUUGAAGCCAGAGCCAUCUGGGCAGUCUUGAAGAAAGCUCUGGAGCAACAGUUUACUCAUAUCAUUGUUGAAAGUGAUGCGAAAUCCCUCAUCGACCAAUUUUCAGCUGGAAAGUUCGAAGGAACCUUGCGUACGGAUGAUCUUAAGGAUAUUCAACUUUUUUCUUCUAAGUUAGUUGCUUGUAUCUUUAGUUUUCAACCUCGGAUUUGCAACUCUGCAGCUCAUGAACUAGUUUUAUGGGCUAAAAAAAACAAUUCUACUAUAUACUGGUCUGCCCCUCUUAUUUGGCUCCUACCAACAGUGAUCAUUAGCCUUUUUGAAGGCCUUUGA